UGAUAACGUAUCAAUCCGGAGUCGGCGUCUGAAAAACAUGUUAUUUCCAGCCGACAAUGAACACAAACGUGAUUUGCAAACAAUAAUUAGUGCCGGAAGCGCGCUUGAAGUUCUUCGCACCGAGGCCCUAGAAGGUGUCAGUCGCGGCGAGAAUGUGGGGCCGAGCGCAGCUGCUCGUGCUGCUGACCGCGCUCUCUGCCUACGGGGACGACGUCCAAGAGGACACCCAGCUGCGCGCCGGCCGCUCCAUCGACAUCUUCACGCGCUACGGCUACCUCAGCCUCAGCAUGAAAGUCGUGCCGCGCAACGACUCCGACUUCCUCUUCCGGGAGCCGACGAUCGACGUCUUCGACGGGCUGGAUCGGCACGUGGUGCACCCGACCAAGGUGCCCAAGAGGCAGCGCCGCAUCUUCGCCGGGGACUUCCAUAUGGAGUUCUGCGACAACAUCAAGCAGCUGGUUCAAGCUUACUUCAGGGAUUUCAGCUUCGAGCGUCUGGACAAGCCGUGGAGGGCCUUCACCGGCAGCUGGUCGGCGGAGGCGGUGGCCAGAAACCUGGGGAUCAACUCCUCGUUCGUGCAUAAAGAACACUGUUACGUGCUGGUGAGACUGUCGAGGUUUAGGGACAGUGUCAAGUUGAGUACUGUUCCGAAUAAUGUGAACUUGGUGGACGCGGUCGCGCGGGAAAUUGACAAGAUACAAGUUGGUGAUGUGAGUAGUGUGAUUCGGUUCAUUAGGAAGUAUGGAUCGCACUAUAUAGAGUCCUACGUUACGGGGAAUGCUCUAUAUCAGGUGUUCGUCUUCCGGAAACCAGUUUACCUCACGAUCAAGGAGCGCCUGAAAACCCAGGGCAUCUCUCAUCUGGAUAAAGUGGAACUGGGACAGUACUUCAGCCCGUGGUUCGCGGAACACAUGGGACAGAUCAAGGUGGCAAGUGGCAAUAAAACGGUGGAACAAUGGGCAGCGUCCAAAUUACGCGUCCACUACUACAUCUUCACAUACCCUACACUGUUGAAGAUCCACGGUGAUACGCAGCUGCUGGCCGUCCUCAACGAUUUGCUUCAAAACGAAGCCCUUCUUCAAAUGGGGAUGAAAACUCUCGCGCCAGCGUUCAAAGACCCACAGAAACGAAAGUUUUUCACCGAAGUGUUGGACAACUUUUUGAAGUUGUGGGAGAGCAAUUUAUAGAGUGCAUCCUCUUUUUGUGAUAACGUUGUGAUAAAGACGCCUACAAGGUUGGAAGCCUUGAGUAAGAAGGAAAGGAGUGUGUGAGAUUAUCACUAAAUGAUUCUGUUAACUAAUGAGUUUAUUGCGUAUUAGAAACAAUACAUUUAAUUGGUCCUCUAUUCUAGUUUUUAUUGUUUGCAAUCGGAAUGAGGAUAGUUAGCGAUUCGAGGCGAUUUCACAACGUACAUUCCACAAUAUCUAGCCAACAUAUUUAUUUUUAUACUAUAAAAAAUUAUUUUAAUACUCAAACCAAAUAUGUAAAGUUUUGUAAAAACUAAAAUAAAACGUAAGUAAGUAAUAAAAAUCAAGAUCCUAGUCGAUGCACUUUGUUUGUUAUGGAAAAACACUUAAAACCAAAUGAAGUGUAGAGUGUACCAUACCAAAAUACGAAAUCACGUCUGUAUCUCCUGAUUAUAGUUUAAUAAUUUAUUUAGAUAUGUUAUGAAAUUUUAUGUAGUAACCCGCUAAUUUUUCGAACGCAUCAUAUUGCACUCGGUUCUCAUUCUGAAUUACAAACAAAAAGUGUUAGCGUCAUGUCAAUCAAACUUUUUAAAAAUGGACAUCUGUACUCCCGCCUGAAGAUCUCUACUAACUUUUUUACUGUUCACAACCAUUACCAAAGGAGUCUCCACCCGAAUCAAUGUAAACUUGUAUUUCUGUAAAUAAAUCAUUAAAUAAAUAAAGUAAAAAA